CUCGCUGCCUCUCGCUCUCUGCCUCCUCUUCUCUUGUUCGUCCGCUCGUGCUCGCCCUCGCUCUCCGCCUCUCUUGCCCUCGCUCGCCGCCUCUCGCUCGCCCUCGCUCGCUGCCUCUCGCCCUCGCUCUCUGCCUCUUUUGCUUUCGCUCGCCCUCCGGCUCUCGCUGCCUUUCUCUUGCUCUCGCUCGCCCUCGCUGUCCGCCUCGCUCGCUGCCUCUCGCCCUCGCUCUCUGCCUCUUUAGCUCUCGCUCGCCCUCCGGCUCUCGCUGCCUUUCUCUUGCUCUCGCUCGCCCUCGCUCUCCGCCUCUCUUGCUGUCGCUCGCCCUCGCUGCCUCUCGCCCUCGCUCUCUGCCUCUUUUUCUCUCGCUCGCCCUCCGGCUCUCGCUGCCUUUCUCUCGCGCUCUCCCUCACUGCCUGUCGCCCUCGCUCUCUGCCCGAUUGCCUCUCUCUUGCUUUCGCUCGCCCUCGCCCCCACGCUCGCUCGGCCAGUCGGCUUCGCCCUCUUGCUCGCUGCCCUGCCUCUGAUUCAGGUCUUCGUUUUACCCCCCCAAGCUUCCAGAUUUGCUUCAUUCGAGCCCAGCUGCCCAGAUAUGCGAACAUGAAUGAAAAAAACACUACUUCCCUGUUCAGGCGUAUUUUAGCAAAUUGUGCAGCCCAGUUUUCUCUCUGUAGGCAAAAGAAUAUGGGAGUUGUGUAGCAGCAAAAGUUCCACAAGUUGAACGUGAUAUGUGUCUGAAAGAAUUCAUGGCAUUGAAAGAUUGCAUGCAGAAUAUGCUGAGAAGAAAAGCCUAAGUUUUACAGUAGGUUUAUGCUGCGUACAGUUGGCACCCUCAGUUGAUCUCAGAGGUUAUAGUUGGAGCAAGAAAAAAGUCAAAUUCUUCUCUUCAUAAGCGCAACAGUUGCUUAUAAGCUUUGCUCUGAACUUCUCUGCUGUGGUAGUUACAUUACCCCAAGAAUUCCUGUUACAAGUUUGGAAACUAAGGAACUAACUAACAUGUUUGGGAAAGCAUCAAGUUCUCAGUCCAGCACUAGUUUUAGUGGAUCUGGUGCUCUAUCACAUGUUUACAUUCAGUACCCCCCCUUACGAUGUAGCAUCCCUGGAGCAAGAGGUUUAUUUUAUGAUGAUGGGAACAAGUUGCUACUCUCACCAACUUCUGAUCAGGUUUUUUCGUGGAAAACUUCUCCCUUUGCUCCUCUUGUUGUUCCCACCAUUGACUCUAUACAGGAAGGGCCUGUCUUAUCAAUCCGAUACUCUUUGGAUACCAAAAUUUUGGCUAUUCAACGAUCAGACCAAGAGGUUCAGUUUUGGAAUAGGGAAACUGGCAACACAUUUAGGCAGAGGUGCCGGUCAGAGACAGACAGUAUUCUGGGAUUCUUUUGGACUGAUUGUCCUAACUGUGAUAUUGUGUUUGUAAAGACCAGUGGGCUUGAUUUCUUCUCUCUUGAUUCUGAGUUAAAGUCACUCAAAUUUGUUGAGACAAAGAGAUUUAAUGUGAGUUGGUAUAUUUACACACAUGAAAGCCGCUUGAUUCUUCUUGCUUCAGGAAUGCAGUGCAAAAGUUUUACUGGAUAUCAGCUUUCAUCUGCAGGUAUUAUUCGCUUGCCAAAAUUUGAGAUGGCAAUGGCUAAAUCAGAGGCAAAUAAUAGGCCUGUCCUAGCUGCUGAAGAUGUCCAUAUUGUGACUGUCUAUGGUAGAAUAUAUUGCCUGCAAAUUGAUAGAGUUGCAAUGCUACUCAACUCAUAUAGAUUCUACCGUGAUGCAGUUGUACAACAGGGUCCGUUGCCAAUCUAUUCAAGCAAAGUUGCUGUCAGCGUGGUUGAUAAUGUUUUGCUCGUUCAUGAAGUUGGUACAAAGGUUGUUAUACUCUAUGACAUAUUUUCAGAUUCCCGAGCACCUAUAUCUGCUCCACUUCCACUUCUAUUGAGAGGUUAUAGGGCCAUCGCUUCUUCCUCUCAAUCAAGUAGUAGGGAUGCAGAAAGUUUAGAGGCAAGAGAUACAACUGAUGCCGAAGCAAUCAUCCACGGGGAUGGCUGGAGUUUUCUGGUUCCUGAUCUUAUAUGUGAUGCUUCAAAUGGACUUUUGUGGAAGAUCCAUCUGGAUUUAGAGGCAAUUUCUGCCAGUAGCUCUGAAGUUCCAUCAGUACUAGAAUUCUUGCAGCGACGGAAGUUGGAGGCAUACAAGGCUAAACAAUUAUGCUUGGCAAUGGCACGCACCGUCAUUCUAGAGAGAAGACCAGUUUCCAUCGUUGCUAAGGCAAUGGAUAUAUUAGUUACCUCUUACUCAUAUUCAAUCAAAAUGGGCAGUUAUGUCAAGGGAAAGAAACCUGUGAAAAGUUCACCUUCUGGUGUUUUACAAGUGAAUAAUCCAAGUACUGUAGCUGAUGGUUCCACCAAGCGGGUAGAUGUCUACGGAAAAUCUGUCAAACACGAAUCUGUUAGUGGAGUUCAUAAUGAGCCUACCAGUAGAUCUUCAACUUUCUCACCUUCCGACUCUGGGGAUGAUGCUAGCAUUGGACCAGAGACUGGCUCAGGUGAGUUGCAUUCUUUAUCUGGUAGCAACCAACAGAAUGCCAACAUUACCGAACAGCAGGAGUCUCAAGUUGCUUCAGCAGCAAUUUCUCCAGAUGAACUGUACAGCUUUGUUUUUGCUCCUGUGGAGGAAGAGAUGGCCGGAGACUCCUCAUAUUUGGUUUCCAUUAUUAUUGAGUUCCUCCGCAGUGCUAAUUUGGAAAAGAUUAAAGUACAUCCAAACAUUUGUGUGUUGACCAUACAACUGCUAGCCCGCAAUGAACGAUAUGCAGAAUUGGGAAUGUUCAUCAUAAACAAGAUUCUCGAACCCUCGAAAGAAGUUGCAUUGCAACUACUGGAGUCAGGUCGUCAGAAUACUCAAACAAGAAAGCUGGGUCUGGAUAUGCUAAGGCAGCUAUCCUUGCAUCAUGACUAUGUGCUAUUUCUGGUGCAAGAUGGAUACUAUCUUGAAGCUCUACGUUAUGCACGGAAGAACAAGGUCAACACAGUCCGGCCUUCAUUGUUUCUUGAAGCAGCUUAUGCGUCGAACAACCCACAGCAUGUUGCUGCAGUUCUGAGAUUCUUUUCGGACUUUAUUCCUGGGUUUAGAAGCACUUCAGAUCACAACACGUACUGCCGCAUUCUUGCCGAGAUGAAUUCUUCUGUCGCUGCCUGAGGUCAUCUGACAGGUAUGAAUUUCAAGUCUUGGUUCCAGAAAUACUUUAGUGCUGAUGAGGUUCUCUAGGAGACUCUUGUUGAAUAAACCUUGAGAGAAUUUUUCUGUAACAUGAUUAUAGACUGCAAAUAGUAUCAGUGUAUCACCAUGUUAUAUGGAACACAGAUAAAACCAAUAGAGUUCAAUGAUGGUCCUCGGUUACAUUUGUUUUCAAUUUGAUCUGGACAUGAAAAGGUCAGCUUCAGCUUUGUUGGAAUGUUCUGACUUGGAACUUGGCAUUUGUGUGUACUGUUAUGCUUGUACAUUUCAUCAUUCUAAGCAAAAAGAUUGGUUCAACUUAAA